AUGGACCGUCCUCAGGGUGACGAGCUGACCUCUGAUUAUGAAGACAAUAUAGCAUCCCUCAAGACCGGAGACACCAGGUCUAUUCCUUUCGAAAUUGCGAACGUUGUCGGCGGUAUUCAUGUCAACUAUCCCGGAUUUAUGUGGUGCAAGUGUUGCUGUCUAUCUGGAGGAUGGAUAAACUUGGCGACCAGCGAACGAUGGCGAUUCGACGAGAUCGACAAGUCAUGUUACCAGGUCCAGCGCGUGCAUGAGCGAGCGCAUGACAGGGAAUUCCCUAAGGCGUACCGUAACACACUUCUAUGGGAGCGUUAUAUGGACUCGGAUUCGAAAUAUGAAAUGGCCCAGGCGGACCUACCAUUUAUCAUGGACCAGGACACGCGUCUAUGCCGGCUUAAUGUGAACCGUCACCAGAAACGGCACUGGGACCCGUCUAAAGUUAUUGCUAUUAUGAACCAAGAAGGUAUUAUCUUCGUCGAUGGCUUAGAGGAGGCCACCGAGAUUGAGACUGAGAUCGAGACUGCUAAUAUUCGGGAAUUGAUUCUAAUGACGGGUCUCGCGAUUGCCAAGUUGAGACAUUGUGAUCUCAAGGCGGCAGUUACGCCCUCGCGACGCGUCGCGAAUGAUGUACUUGCUUGCUAUCAUGUGAAUCAGAAAACGGUUGCCCAUAUCGUCGCGAGGGAACUGGGUACCGAGGAUGGCGUGGGCGGCGAUGCAGACGAGUACGAGGGAGAGGACGCAAUUGAGGCACUCUUGGUGGCGGACCGGGCCCAGUCGAGUACUAUGAUGGGCUGGAGGAUGGAUGUUCGACAUAAUGACUGGUCAUAG